AUGAAGAAAUCGCUUCCUAGUAUCCUUGCUGUCCUCCUGGACAAAAGCUUGGCUCAAAAGCCAUUUGUUUACGGAGCACCACCAGCAGCUGCUCCCGCUGGUGCUGUUUUGCCAGGAAACUUGGCGAAUCCAAUACCCGCCGGAUCCGGGGCUCCAGCCUACGUUUACGGAGGCCCCAACUCGGGCUCUGGGAGCACCGGUUCAGGUCCACAAGAGCAGAAACCUUUGGGUCAAUCUUACGGCGGGAUCCCCAUCGAAGCUGAUGCAAAACCAUCAAGCGCACUCAUUGGACGUGGGCCUGGCAAUGCAGGCGAACACCCCAUUCCAGAUGGAAAUGGGUGUCCUGCUUCCCGCGCAGAGCUCAUGGUCGAUCAGCUCGACUAUGCAGACGUGCCCAUUUGUCCCGACGGCGAUGGCAAGCUAUACUUGACUCACCAUGGAGUGAGCAUGCGCAUUCAGUGCUGUGUCCAUGGAGGCAAGCCCGAUCUAGGCGAAUUCAUCGCCGACGACUUUCGCCAUUGCAUGAAUACUUGCGCCCAAACAAAGGACUGUAACAGUGUGCAGUAUUUGGCCCACAGGGGCGAUGACAAGACUCGGACUUGUGCAUUGAGUACAGAAGGCGGCUUCACGAAAGCCUCGUGCGGGGCAGAAGACAUGCAUCAAUAUGCAUACGUGAUUGAUGCACCUGCUAUUGAGCCAAUCAUUUUCCCUUCUCUCAAGUGCACCACCGAAUGUCCGUUCUCAAAUGGCCAGCUUUUCAAAUCCUUCUACGGCGAGUCUUUUCUUAUUGACUGCGGGAUGCGCCACGGCACUCAGCCUUUCUACAAGGACCACAAAUCAACUCUUAGGAGUUGCAUAAAUGCUUGCGGCAAACUUCAACAAUGUCAGGCCGUCGAUUACGAUGGUAAUCGAGAUGCUUGCUACUAUUAUACUCAUCAAUCUCUACCCACGAUCACUGCUCCUGGGUUCGCGAGCGCCCGUUCGAUGGGCUGCGAGGGAGACACAUGCGGAGAUGCUGCCAAGCAGUGCUCCCAUAACAUAACGGCCGCAGAUCAGGAACCUGAACAAAAUAAAGCCUUCCCGCAGGAUGGUAUCUUGGGAAAUCCUUCCAGCUUGAUGUCUCUCUGCGAGACUCCGUCUUCUCACUGGACCCAGAGGAUUGGCGGCAAAGCCCAUCGAUUCACUUGCGGGUCGGGUACAAACUGCGCUUACGACAUGAACAUUUGGCCUGGACUUCUUCCUACCAUGACCAUUGAGGACUGCAUCAAGGAGUGCGGAAAGCAUCCUGAGUGUAGAAGCGCCAACUUUUUCCUGGAUGGUGUGGCCGACGGAACCAAGGGCCGUUGUAACAUCCGCAAGUGUAAUUCACCGACAUUGCAGCAGCCUGGGCUCGUUGGGAUCUAUCCGCUUUGA